GUCUGUCAGUUGCGAAUACUCGAGAGCAGUCAGCAGAGAGACACUUUUAAUACACAACAGUCAUAGUGUUAUUUUUGUUGCGCUGCAAGUAUUAGUAUUGCUCUUAUUUCCAGCGUAUUUUCGUUAGUAAAACAUCCGUACGAUCUAAGGACGAAUCGAAUGAACGAAUCUACGAAUAACGAACGCUAUUCAAGCAGUCGCAACAGUGCCGUUCUCGUGAUAUUAUCGUGGCGAUCGGUGGUUUUUAUCCAAGGUAUUUUAAGUUGAAAAUGUUAUUUAAUACGUGCGAAAUCCCGUAGUUUCGCUCGCUAUACGUUCAGUGGAAAAAAUCGGUGUGUACAAAGUGCUAUACGAGGAUUAUGCUCUGAUGGAAUACCUUUGGUGUUGGAGUUGCAUUGACCCGUUAAGAAACAUACAGGUGGUGAAUUUUUGGGAUAGUUCAUAUUAUUUAUAAUGUCGGGUAGUCUGAUGAAUAACGAGCCAGAGCACAAAUCGCCGAGGGAGAGUGGCGAGGAUUCCGAAGAUGAAAGCGAAAUUUUAGAAGAAAGCCCAUGCGGCAGAUGGCUCAAACGACGAGAAGAGGUUGAGCAGCGAGAUGUGCCCGGCAUCGAUUGUGCCUACCUAGCGAUGGACACCGAAGAAGGCGUGGAAGUCGUGUGGAACGAAGUUCAAUUCUCUGAACGGAAAAACUUCAAAAGCCAAGAGGAGAAGAUCCAGUUGAUUUUCGAAAAUCUCACCCAACUAGAACACCCGAAUAUAGUCAAAUUCCAUAGGUAUUGGACUGACACGCAUAACGACAAGCCUCGGGUAAUCUUCAUCACGGAGUACAUGUCGUCGGGUUCGUUGAAGCAAUUCCUGAAGAGGACCAAACGAAAUGUGAAGAAACUGCCGCUGCAAGCUUGGAGGAGAUGGUGUACGCAAAUCCUCUCGGCUCUGAGUUACUUACAUUCCUGUUCGCCACCCAUCGUCCAUGGCAACCUAACCUGCGACACAAUUUUUAUUCAGCAUAAUGGUCUCGUCAAAAUAGGAUCAGUGGCUCCCGAUUCGAUAAACCAUCAUGUUAAAACGUGCCAGGACGAUUUCAAAAAUAUGCAUUUCAUUGCACCCGAACUUCCCACUCAAAUGGGCCCCCAAAUCGACAUCUAUUCGUUCGGCAUGUGCGCGUUGGAAAUGGCCGCCUUGGAGAUCAUCGGCAACGGCGACUCCGGCAACAAGGUGACCGAGGAGAACGUCAAGAAGACGAUCGAUUCGCUCGAAGAUCAACACCAGAAGGACUUCAUACUGAAGUGCCUGUCGCCGCGGCCCGAGGACCGGCCCACCUCCAAAGAAUUGCUCUUCCAUCCGUUGCUGUUCGAAGUGCACAGCCUCAAGCUACUGGCGGCGCAUUGUUUAGUUAGGAAAUCCGCGAAUAUUUCGGAAACGAUAACGGACGAACUGAUGCAAAGGUGGUAUGGUCCCGAUGUUAUUGUGGCGGAGAUGAAGAGGAGAAGCGGCGAAUGUGUUCAAAUGAAAAUGGCCAAUAUUACGGUGACGGAGAAAUUAGAAAAAUUCGUCGAAGAUGUCAAAAAUGGCAUAUACCCGUUAACGGCGUUCGGUGCCAAACAACCGCCACCGCCCAGAUCGAGGGCGAUAUCACCGGAGAUGGCGGAGUCUGUCAAAUCCGUCACUCCGGAACCCACUGAUGUAGAAACUAGGAAAAUUGUUAAUAUGAUGUGUGAUGUAAAAUCCAAAGAAGAGAGCUGUGAUCUUUUGUUGACUAUUGUAUUACGUAUGGAUGAUAAGAUGAAUAGACAGUUGACCAGUUGUAUAUCUCCGGGGGAAAAUCCCAGAAACAUAGCAGAGGAAUUAGUUCAUUACGGUUUUAUAAACGAAGUAGACCGUGAAAAAGUAGCAAAUCUCAUAGAAGAAUCGUUGCAGCAUACGAGUUCGACGUCGGGCCAGAGCAGCCCCACGUUCAUCACCUCCGUUCCCAUAUUGACGUCGUUGCCUACACAACCAGUGCCGAUCAUAACCGCUCACACGAUAACGAACUCUUUGCCGGUGGCAGUGAACACGGUGGCCACUCAAGUGCCCAUGCAUUCUACUAGUUAGUGAAAUGCCUUAAUACUUCGAGCCUCUUCGAAUGAGUCAACGAGAGCCCCUUGAAUUAUUAAUCGAGAAGACUGGUUUUGUUUUGUUUUGUUUAUUAUUAGUUAGUUAGUUUUUUUUUUUUUU